AUGGCUUCUUCCAAUCAGAACAACUAUGCCAACCUGUCAUUAAACCAGCUUCGCAUCACUUACAGCCGCCGCAGUGACAAGAAUGAGAGGCCCGGCCGGGGCAGGACCGUGAAGUAUUGGAUCAGUAGGCUCAAGCAGCUGGACACCCAAGCGAACCAGAAUCUGCAAGCACCGGCAAUAGCACCAGCACCAGCACCGAUACCAGCAGCACCCUCGACAUCGAACCAGCUUGGUCCUCCUCGAGGAGCCUCUCAGCCUUCAUCGUCGACACAGCACCAGGCCCAACAGCUCCCACAACAGUCGGGAGCGAACAAUGUACAGCAUGGUUAUAAUCAAGCCGCGCCAGCUGCCUUGAAUGAAAGCAACCAGAUAUGGCUUGAGCGCAUUGCCGACGCUAAAGAGGCACAGAGUGAACCGCGCAAGCAACCGACGCCACGGGUUGUUGAAGGCGUCGAGGGACUGCGAGUCAAGAUAUAUGGCAAUGUGUUCGCUCCAUCAGCACACGAUAAUCUGACUGCUCUCACCCGCAUCCUUCCCGAAAUCCAUGGCGAGGCAGAUCUGAUCCUCUACAACUUGAAUCAACUCCACAUCAAAGUCGUAGCUGCUGCUGACAUUGCUAGUAACGGUGGUCUGCUCAUAAGAACGUCCGUAGAAAUGUUUGGCGCUAGCAUUCAUCAGAUCUUCCAUCACCAGCAAAACCUCCGAACUAUGCAAGAUAGACGUAACGAAGACCCUCUCGACGACGACGGCGAGAUCGACUUCUUCACGGUGCUCGCCCGUCUUCGCCAAUACGACUCCUACGACCGCCAUGGGAAAGUCGUGAAGACAGCUUCACCCUUCCGCUAUGCGAAGAAUCUCCUAAUUGAAAUUGAGAUCGAUACGAACACCGGCUCUCCAGAUAUCGAUAUCCCAACAGGUCGCUUCGUGCUUGCCAACCAUAUUCUGUAUGCCCUGAGCACUCUCGUUCCAUCCAAGUCCAAGCAUGUCGAGAUCAGGAUUAUCGAGCGUCCACAACCAGAAGGACGAUUCGGACAUCAUGAACCGCCCAAUUGGCUGACUCUUCUCUACCCCAUCACUCGCUUUUCUCGACUGACCGAAGACGUCUCCAUGUCCAUCUCUACACAUCUCGGACACGCGAGUGAUGCAAAAAUCAAGCAAGACUUGUCGAAUCUGAAGCCAGCCAAGGGCGUCGCUCUACCAUGCGACGCUGCGAUCACGGCCCACGACCUCGCCUCCAAGGCUCGCCGUCUCUACAAUCACGGCACCAAAUCCAACAUUGAUGACGAAGUGUCCAACAUGCUUCAUGUCUACAGACUGGCGUGCGACAAAGCUCUUGACUUGGUCAAACUUCCAGUCGAGUUUGAUGAAGCAAGAGAUGUACAGAUCUGUCGGGCUGUGUCAUCAUUGUUGGCAUUUAGAGAGAAGCACAUUGUACCUAUACAGGCGUUGGCCCAGAUGAAGUCGUGGGAUGAUGCAGACAGUGACGACGAGGAAGUGGCGGAUGACGCCACAGAGGAUGAUAAUGUGGAGGACAGUGCAGCGGAGACUGAUGCAGAAGUGGACGAUACGGGGGGCGAUGAUGCGGCGGAGGCCGAUGCAGAGGAUGAGGAGGAUCCAGAAGGAGAGGAUGCUGAGGAGGACAGUGACUAG